AUGGAAGAAAAAUUGGGAGAACAAAUGACUAUUGGCCAAGACCUGAGCAAAAUAUUAUCUUCACUCAAGAAAGACGGGUCCGCACGCAAAACAGAGGAAUACUUCAAGAAAAAAUCCAUGAUGGCCGCAGAUCUACUGAACAAAUUCCAAGAAAAUCAUAACGAACUCCGGAAAUCCCUUGAUGAAGAGCAUUCCUACUUCAAACAAGAUUUACAUGGUCAGAUAUCCAAAUGCUACCAAGAAAUCAAGAACUAUAUCAAUACAUGGCAGAAGUCCACUCCGAUGUCAGAAGAAGUCAGCUACCACCACCCUUUCAUCCUUCAAAUUCAAAUAAAAUUGGAUUUAUUCAAAAGGGAAAUGGAAAGGGCCCAAGCAAAAAUACAGUGCCAACUACAUCCCAAAAUAUACAACUUCCUCGAAGCAAACCUAACCAGGAUCUGGCGGGACAUAGAAGCACUCUAUGAACAGAUGCUAACUAUCAAUGAAGAAGAAAUAGUCAAAUACAAGAAAACCGGAGUCUUCGAAAAAUUUAGAACCAAAUAUGAGGAAAUCAUAGAAGAAAUAAUCACUGCUUCUCCGACUGAUACUAAACAGUUCCAAAACAAAAACAUUUCCAUAAAUUUACCACGGAUCAGCAUCCCUAUCUUCACUGGUGACUACGAGACCUGGAUCACAUUCCGAGAUAUAUUCAUUCAAACCAUACACCAAAACCAUGAACUAGGGGACGCUGAAAAAAUGCAGUACCUGAAGAGCCAAACCAGGGGUGAAGCAGCGAAGCUCAUUCAACAUUUAGAAGUAUCAUCAAGAAACUACCCUAUCGCCUGGGAAUUGAUAAAGAGGAGGUACAACAACAACAGACUUCUCUUCAGCAAGUACGCCGACAACAUCUUGAAUCUACCAAUUUUGCAACAAGAGUCGGCAGCAUCCAUUAAAAAACUUCACGACACUGUUCAAGAAAAUCUGAGAGCCAUUGAAAAUAUGGGAAUCCCAGCCGAACAAUUGGGUAGCAACAUAAUAGCGCAUAUGCUGCUAAAGAAAUUAGACAGCGAUUCAAGAAGGCUCUAUGAACAAUCUACCACAACACACAAGGAUAUUCAAGCACUGGCAGAUCUUUUGGAGUUUCUAGAAAAUCGAUUCCAAUCCCUCGAAGCACUUCGAGGCACAAUCAAAAAAUCAGAUCAUCCAUCAACAGGACAAAGACAUAAAUUUCAAAACUACCACACCGACUUACAAUCAUGCAGUUUAUGUGACAGCAACCAUGAAAUUUUCCGUUGCCAAAAAUUCAAGGAUAUGUCAGUAAAAGAACGAAACGAUUUUGUACGCAAACAACACCUCUGCAAGAAUUGUUUGAAGCAUCCGAGCAAUACGAAAUGCCCGAGCAAGAAUCUCUGCUUCAAAUGUGACAACUUUCAUCACUCAUCAUUGCAUUGGGAAAAUUAUCGGAACUUCAAAACAAAUUUAAAUCAGCAAGGACAGAAGCAAGAUACCUCCAAAAGUCAACGCACAAGAGAGCAUGAAAAUGGAUUCGAGUCCCAUCUAGGAAAAGCUUCAAAUAACAAUGAUGGACCAACCAUCCCCAUCCUGGCCACAGCAUUCGUUAAUGUUGAAAACAACAAAGGGUACCAUGAACUUAUGCGAGUUCUUAUUGAUCCAGGCUCCCAAGUAUCAUUUAUAACUGAAGGAGCCGCAAAUACCUUAGGAAUGCCCAAGCAAAGGCAUCAUGCGAACAUAACAGGGUUAGGAUCUUGCGACGCAGGGACUUCAAAAUGGAAAAUCCACACCGGGAUGAAACCAAGAUUUUCAAGCGACUUCAAAUUACAAGCCGAGCUAUACAUCCUACCAAAAUUGACCAGCUCCAUGCCUCAACAACCGAUAACUGCUGACGAAAAUUGGAACAACGUAAUCCUUGCCGACCCCACUUACUACAAACCCGGAAAUAUCGACAUUCUCCUAGGAAUCGACUUAUAUACGGAAAUCGUACAGGAUGGUGUUAAAAAAUCUAAAAAUGGUCUGCUUGCACAAAACACUGAGUUAGGAUGGAUUCUCUCCGGUAACACAUCAGCUGGUCCGCAACUCCAAAUAACCAGUAUGAUCGCCACCACUGCACCGGAAAUACAGAUAACAAAAUUCUGGGAAAUAGAAGAAGCAGAUACCCUCACAAACAACAACAGCCAAGAAAGUCCCUGCCAAGAAUUCUUCAAGAAAACUUACACAAGGAAUCAGGAUGGCACAUAUACUGUACGACUGCCAUUCAAGGAGAAGGAACAAUUGCUAGGACAAUCAAGAAAAACCGCCAUCGCUCGACUUUUGCAGAUAGAGAAGAAGUUCGAAAAGGACGAGAAAUUGGAAGCAAUGUACAAAGAAUUCAUGUGGGAAUAUAUCGAACUAAAACACAUGACUCCAGCAAAUCAGACGACCAGCACAAGAUACUACAUUCCGCAUCAAGCAGUAAUAAAAGAGGACAGAGAAACAACAAAACUGCGUGUCGUAUUCGACGCGAGCCAGAAGAUCAGUACCGGAAUCAGUUUAAAUGAUAUAUUACACACUGGUCCCAAGCUUCAACAAGACUUGAUUGAUAUAUUAUUGAGAUGGCGAAAAUACGAAAUCGCGUUGACUGCAGAUGUGGAAAAAAUGUACAGGCAGGUUAAACUACAUGAAGAUGAUCAAACAUUCCACACUAUUUUAUGGAGGUUCAACAAAAAUGACCCAAUCCAGGAAUAUCAACUCACGACAGUCACCUACGGAACCGCUCCCGCUGCCUACCUUGCUAUAAGAACCAUGCACCAAUUAGCCAUGGAUGAAUGCGACAAAUUCCCGAGAGCUGCGGAACUGAUACUUGAAGAUUUCUACGUCGAUGAUUUUCUCUCCGGCGCCCACAACAAAGAAGAGGCACAAAAAAUCAGACAAGAAGUUAAAACGCUACUUCUCAAGGGAGGAUUCAACAUUCGAAAAUGGAAAAGCAAUCUCACAUUAAAUGAUGAUACGUCCUUUCAAGAUUUCAACAGCAGAGAGGACAUAACCAGAAUUCUGGGAAUUAAAUGGUCACCACAAAAUGAUAACUUCCAAUACACUAUUAAACAAACUUCCAAUCGAAUAAACACAAAAAGACAAGUGCUAUCUGAAAUUGCUUCAAUAUUCGAUCCAUUAGGUCUCAUGGCUCCAAUUGUAAUCAAGGCGAAAAUAAUUAUGCAAGACAUAUGGAAAACUGGUAAAAAAUGGGAUGAAGCUAUUCCUACAGAAAUCCAAACAGCGUGGGACAAAUUCAAAGAAGAACUGCCAAUAAUAGAAAACCUGCAACUACUAGUAUAA